AAUUCAACCUCUGCGAACGUGUGUGCGCGGCUUUUAAUGUCAAGUUGUCUGUCGUUGUGAGCGAACGAACGAACGGAGAGCGCGCGAGCGGUCAAAUUUCUGUUGUUGACGUAAAAAAAAAAGUUGAGAGCGAAUUGCUAUUGUUUUCUUUACGUUUUUUUUUGUUUGUUGUCAAGUGAUAAGCGAUAAUAUUAUUAUCAAUGUGACUUAGUGUUAUGCAAAAAAAAAAAGAAAAAUAUUAAUUCGAAGUAGAAAAAAGCACCUUGCGUAAUAUUUGUGUUAGUUUUUGUUUUUGUAUUUGAAAAAGUUUUGCGCGCUUUUUCAAUUUGCCGGUGAAAAGGUCAAGUGAAGCAAAAUAUAUGAUAAUACCGAAAAAACAAAAACAACAAGUGCAACAUUAACAGCAACACAACAACAACAAGCAGAAUAGUGAUACUUGGAAAGCAGCCAAGAGCAGCAGCAGAACGCACCUAAAGAGAACGUCGACUACCUGUUGAGCGUAGCGCCGCUGUCGCUGUCGCUGCUGACGUCGCCGUUGCAGUCGCUGCCGCUGCCGCUAAUCCCCUGCUGCGACGCAUUGCUGAAGGUUAAGCGACUUUGCAACCUGCAGUGAUUGGGAAUUAUUGUUGUUGUUGUUGUUUGUCAUUUGUGCCGGUUGCACGUGUAAUACAUAAAGGAAAAGGAAUACAACAAAUAUAUAGAAAAUAACUUUAAGAUAAUAAAAGUGCAACAACAACAAAAAUGAUGUUGCACCUAAAUAAAAGCAUUACAUCGGAUAGAAAAGAAUCCAUAGAUCGAGAACUAUGGUGUUAUCCAACGCCGCGAGUGCGUUUACCCUCUCCCAUUCCCUUGUCCACCUUCAGCUCCCAAAAACACACUCGACACGCCCGCAAAAAUCAUAGCCACCGCCCCCUUACGCCCCUUCUCAUUGCGGGGGGCGUAUUGUGUAUGAUUGCGCCCAUAAUAUGCUUCAAUCUGGAACAGCGACAGCCCCUCAUCAAGUACGGACAUCCAAAUUCAUAUUUCGGCUAUUCACUGGCCACGCACACCAUCGGAGAAUACAAUUGGCCCAAUAACACAAAAUGUUUACUGGUAGGCGCACCAUUGGAUCAAAAUAGACAGCCGAAUACAAAUGAAUCGGGAGCUUUAUAUAGAUGUCCCAUAUCGACGAACUUUGACGAUUGUGAACAGGUCAUUACCGAUGGUCGACGAUCAUCUGGCGGAGCUUAUGAAAAUAACUACGAUACAGAUGAUCUAAUACCGCCAUCUAGCGACGAGAUUAAAGAGGGACAAUGGAUGGGCGUUACGGUGCGUUCUCAAGGAUUGGGCGGCAAGGUUCUCGUCUGUGCACAUCGAUAUGUGACAAUUGUGCGGGAGAAUCGUUAUGGACAAGGUCUCUGCUAUGUGCUGACCAACGAUCUAAAGUUCGAUGAGGUCUACGAACCUUGCAAAGGACGCUCCGUACAAAGGCAACACGAGGAUUAUGGUUUCUGUCAGGUGGGCACCUCGGGCGCCCUGCUGGAUGACAAUACCAUGGUCCUGGGCACUCCGGGACCCUUCACCUGGCGUGGCGCCAUCUUUGUAACGGAAAUUGGCGGCGAGUAUUUGGAGCGGGAUAAGAAUAUGUACUACAGUGAUCACUCGGAUGCACAUUCGCCUGUGGAGAAGUACAGUUAUCUUGGCAUGGCCGUUACCGGAGGUCGCUACUUUGGCGAGAGGAUGUCGUAUGCCGCUGGUGCUCCACGUUCCAAUGGCCAUGGUCAGGUGGUGAUCUUUGACAAGGCCAAUACGAGCCCGAUUCCCGUCAGCAUGACCAUUGAUGGUGAACAAUUUGGCUCGAGUUUUGGCUACGAACUGACAACGGCGGACAUUAAUGGGGAUCAGAAACCGGAUCUAAUUGUUGCCGCUCCCUUCUACUUCUCCAAGACGGAGGGCGGUGCGGUGUACAUCUAUCAGAAUGACAAGGACAUGUUGCCCAAGCGUUUCACAUUGAAAUUGACCGGAGCGCUGGAGAGUCGCUUCGGUUUGGCGCUCGCCAACAUUGGGGAUCUGAACAAGGACACGUGCGAGGAUCUGGCGAUUGGAGCACCCUACGAGGGCGAUGGCGUUGUCUAUGUGUAUCUCGGCUCCCGGAACGGUCUCAACGAGAAACCCGCACAGCGCAUUCAGGCCUCGGAGCUGGGCAGAAAUCUGCCACAGCCCAUUAGGAACUUUGGCAUCUCGAUAGCUGGUAGUACGGAUUUGGAUGGCAACUCGUAUGUGGAUAUGGUGGUGGGUGCACCACCAGCUGCUGUGGUGCUACUCGCACGUCCCAUCAUCAAUAUACAGACCAGCUAUAGGAGCAAUGAGACACGUAACAUUGACCCCAGUAGGGUGGGGUGUCGCAUGGAUGUGUCCACAAAUCUCACAUGCUUCACCUUUGAGGCAUGCUGCAGCAUCGAUCCGCACGAUCAGCUGAGCAAGCAGCUCAAUCUGCUGUACACCGUCGAAGCGGAGACCUUUGAGCAUCACAAGAAAUUCUCCCGUGUCUUCUUCGAUCGCGAUAAUAAGCGGAGCAAUGUGAUCAGUCGGUUGGUUCGUGUGCGAACCGACGGAGGCAUCGAGUGUCAAAUGGUGACGGGUUAUAUCAAGGCCAACACUCGGGACAUUCAGACACCCAUACGUUUUCGACUCGACUAUAAGCUGGAGGAACCGGAACUGGCCGACUCACCGCUCACCCGUCUCAAUCCCAUUCUGGAUCAGACUCAGGCCUAUAUCGAGUUCGAGGGCACAUUCCAGAAGGAUUGCGGCGAUGAUGAUCUAUGCGAGAGCGAUCUGAGACUUCAUGCCGAACCCAAUCUUACGCCUGAGGAUGGAGAAUACGCCUUCAUUUUGGGCAACAAAACGGAACUAGAAGUCACGGUGAACGUGAGCAAUCUCGCGGAUUCGGCAUACGAGGCCCAAGUGUUUAUAGUGCAUCAGAAGAGCGUCUCCUACAUAGCGACCAAGAAACCGACAAAUGCGACUUGCAACAGCUUCAACACGACGCUGGUGGCAUGCAGCCUGGGCAACCCGAUGCUGCGUGGCACCACAACAUUGGUGACCAUACGCUUCGAUCCCAACAGCCUGGAACCGGAGGAGACGGAAAUGAAGUUCCACAUCUUUGCGAACACGACAUCCAAAUUGGUGGGUCAACAGCCGCCGGAUCAGCAGCUGGCCUUGAAGGUGGUGCGGCGUGCGGAGAUGACGCUACGUGGUUGGGUUAAUCCCGAGCAGAGCUUCUACAGUGGCUCAUCCAAGCUGCAGGAUUCACCCAUGGAACUGGAUCAUGUGGGAUCACCGCUGGUGCAUACGUACUCCAUUUACAAUGAGGGUCCCUCGUCGGCACCCAAGGUGCUGCUGGUCAUCUAUCUGCCGCUGAUGCUGGAGAGCGGUCAGGGAUUGGAGCUGGCGAGUGCGGCCAAGGAUCAGUAUCUGCAGUAUCUGGAGGAGAAGCCGUUUAUCGAAACCGGACAGGGUGAAUGCACGGUGGCACCCGAGUAUGUGAAUCCCCUCAAGCUCGCGUCCAAGACGUCAGCGAAUCUGCGUAGUGCCUCCUAUCUAAGUGCUCCCGCCUCCAUGAUGAAAUGGCCCACACAUCGUCAGCAGCAACAGCAGCAACAGCAACAGCAACUGCAACGCAACAAAACCCAGAGCUGGAGUCAACAGAAAUCUGUACAGGAUCAGGAUUACAACAAUGCGAAUCGCUUGCGGCGACGUCGCAACACCUUGGAACGCAUUGUGCGACCGGAACGCUUCAUGGACGGACGUGAAUCGAAUGUCAAGGGCAAAAAGCAACAAAUUGUCGAACUCAAUUGCGACAAACUCACGGCCCACUGCAUCAAGAUCCAGUGUGAAUUCUAUGCCAUGCCCGCCAAGACGGAGGCCCAAGUUGUGCUCAAGGUGCGACUCUGGAACUCCACUUUGGUGGCAGAGUAUCCACGCGUCGAUCUCGUUCGCAUCAUGUCCACGGCACAUGUCAAGAUUCCAGCCGACUUUGGUGUCGAACAGCUGGAGAAUAAUGAUAAGAUCGUGGUGGAAACACGCGCGUAUCCGGAACUUUUGGAUCAGCAACGUGAGUCGUAUACGCCGAUGUGGGUGUAUGUGCUGGCGGUGCUGGGAGGACUCAUUCUGUUGGCGCUGUUUACGUACGCGAUGUGGAAGUGCGGAUUCUUCAAGCGCCGACGACCGAUGGAUCCGACGCUGAGCGGCAAUCUGGAGAAGAUGAACGAGGAGAAACCCUUCCUGGCGGCAAAGAGCACGAAUAAUGUUUUCUAACAAGAGGGCACCGUCGGCUGGGAUCUGGUGCGACGCAUUGCACCCGCAAGAAAGCGCAACAGACUCAGGCAACUGUUGCUGCAACACAAUGCAACACAGCAGCAACAACACAGCAGCAGCAGCAGCAACUGUUGGCGCCACAACAACAACAACAACAAGAAUAGGAAUAACAAUAAUAAUAAUUAUUAUAACGAUGAGAAUGAGAUGGAGAAUGAUUUUGAUGUGCGUUCAUUGACGCCACCGCCGCCACCGCUGAGUGUCAUCAAUUGGGGCAGCGAUGGUUACUAUGAGGCAAGUGCCGCCUGGUGGGGACACAUCUGAAUUGCCGUAUGCCAACAGAAGCAGCAAAUUCAGCACUGAAAACUAAAGCUGAAACUGAUACCGAUACAGAUUCUGGUUGUGGGACUUUCAAUGUGCCAUUAUGUUUUAUUUACUUAAGUUGGGCUGACAGAGCAUCGUCCAUAUUAAUCUAACGAUUAGUUUUUAUGCAUAGAUUUUAUGAGGACUAUGACCAAAAGUCAGCAAAAACACAAAAAACACUCUGAAAACUUGUACUUUCAUAAAUGCAUCAUAAUUGUAAAACUUUUCAAGUCAUUUGCAUAAACUUGCUUGUUAAAGAAAUUUCACUAAAUCACUUCAAAUAUAGCAAAAUUCGUCAAGAAAAUGUUCAUGAAAUGAUGUCGAAAAUUUUUCAACACUUAUUUUGUUUUCCAAACUUCUUCAAUUUAUUUUGAUAAACCAAAAAAAAAAAACAAAAAUUUAGCGCUUGUAAAUAUGAAGAAUUAUUUAAUUUAAGAAUUUAUGUCGCAGAGCUUAGUUUUUAGUACAUUUUUUUUUUACAAGAGAAAAACUGCAUGUUUUGCAACACUGUAAAAGAAGGUAGGGAAUUCCCAGCUUUGUACCAUAUUUGUUAUUUAUGUAAAUGCUUAAAAACGAUCGCAAAACGAUACAUGUAUAUUUUAAGGUGUUUUUUUUUUAACGCGAAUGAUUCCGAAUUAUUUAAUAUGUAAACUUAUUACAUAAUUCUAACUACACGUUUAACUAUAAUUAUACUUAAUUAAGCUUAAUGCUCGAAGCUCACACACAUACACACACACACACACAAGUACAUGUACUUCACUGCCACUAAUGAAUAUUUUAAUAUAUUCGAAAACCAUUUACAAAAAGUUUCUCGAAAAUGUUAUAAUAGAGUUAUCCAUUUGGUUUUUCAAACAUUCAAAUACUAAACAUUUGAACGGAAAGUAUUAACACAUCUUACAAUUUUACCUUAUAACUAUUAUACUAUAGUUAUCCAUACUACGAUUACAGCCAUUUAUGAAUUGACAAAAUUUAGUGCAAUGCUUCGAUACUAUCUAAUUUUUUUUUACCUUAAUUUUAAGCUUAAUCUAAUCUUCAAAAAAAGGGGAGAAGAAAAUAUAAAAUGUAGUAAUUUAAAAUAAAAAUGUGUCUUUUAAGUUGUAAGCUGUUGCAUAGAAUACGGUAAUAUAAGCCAUUAUAUCGUAUAUCGUAUAUCAUAUAUCGGUUAUAUAUAUUAGCUGUAAAUAAUAUUAGUUUGGCAUUAAUUAAGCAAGGUUCAAAGCGAAUUAGUCUAUCAUCGCUAGUUGUAAAUAUUUAGCUUUCAUAAUUUAAUAAUAAUAUUUCCUUUUCCAUUAAAAUACAUUACUUUUUAUUAA